UCAGUCCAGCACAAAAGAAUACCCCGCAAGGGCUGCUCAUCUGCCCUGGGGACUCAGAACACACGUGACUCAUCCCACUUGACCUCAGACAAGUGUCUCCCUGGGAAGCCCCAGGAUCCUGGCAUUACUUACGGCAAACUGAGCCCCUGAUGUCCCUAACCCUUUGCCGGCACCCUCUGGCCCACAGAAGCAGCCACCAUGCCUAUCUCCAAGUGCCCGCCAAAGUCAGAGCCCCUGUGGAAAGCGUGGGACCGGAAGGCCCAGAAGAACGGCCUGAGGCACCAGGUGUUCGCUAUCAAUGGCGAUCACUAUGUGGGCAAGUGGAAGGACAACAUGAAACACGGGAAAGGAACACAGGUCUGGAGGAAGAACGGAGCCAUCUAUGAGGGGGACUGGAAAUUUGGGAAGAGAGAUGGCUAUGGCACCCUCAGCCUUUCUGACCAAGAGACUGGAAAGUACAGGAGAGUCUACUCAGGCUGGUGGAAAGGCGAUAAGAAAUGUGGCUAUGGGAUCCAGUUUUUCGGACCCAAGGAGUAUUACGAGGGUGACUGGUGUGGCAACCAGCGCAGUGGAUGGGGCCGCAUGUACUACAGCAAUGGAGACAUCUACGAGGGCCAGUGGUGCAACGACAAGCCAGAAGGGGAGGGCAUGUUACGCCUGAAGAACGGAAACCGCUACGAAGGCAACUGGCAGAGAGGCAUGAAGAAUGGGUGGGGGCGUUUCUUCCACCUGGACCAUGGCCAGCUGUUUGAAGGCCUCUGGGUCGACAGCAUAGCCAAGUGUGGCACAAUGAUUGACUGUGGCCGUGAUGAGGCACCCAAGCCCACCCAGUUCCCCAUUCCUGAGGUCAAAAUUCUAGAUCCUGACGGCGUGUUGGCGGAAGCUUUGGCCACGUUCAAGAAGACAGAGGAAAGAGAUUGAUGCCAGAAAGAACACCAGCACUUCAGGAGGAAUUGAAACCGGAGUCACCCAACUGCUCCGACUGGUGCAGCUCCCACUGGUGGAGCAAGGGGGUACUUGGGCACACACUCGGCACCCUCCGGAGGCACCUUGUUCCCCCCAGCACUGGAUCAUUCCUUACCAGUAGGAGGCCAGUGCUCCUUUCCCCUGCUGGCCUUAGGGAUGCGUUUAUUCUUGGACCCCAUCCCUGAGCACCCCAGAAUAAAGGAGAGCCUGGCAGCGUGA